ACUUUUUUCACUUUACACUCAUCGAUGUAUUAUUGUCCCUCUUUCCAGUUAUAUCAUCAUUCCCUGAUUAAUUUACUUUCCAACUACUUGGCUUCUUUCUCUGUUCUUGUAUUUUGUCUUUGUGAUAAAACAAACAUAACGUUUCACGGAAUCCGAUCAUACAUUUCUGGUAUAUCCUUUAAGAAACAGCAUUAACUCAUGCGAUGUAGUUUGUAAAGAAUCCACUGUGGUCUAUGAAAGGAACGCAAGAUGUCGCCCGAGACCACACAUCCAAUCGUGGCCAUUAAUGACGUAAAACUCCUCCUCCGCUGUCGGUGAAUCAGCCUGUCCGUUUCGUAGGGGCUGGGUUUGUAAACCACUUCGUCUCGAAAGAUGGUUCCUAAAUGAAGAGCGCUUGGCUGUCUUGUGGAUAUUUCCCCGUUUUUGUGGAUGAAUGACGUUUAUUUGCUUGGAUUUCUCAUCUAAACAAAAAGGAUGAGUCGUCAACAGCGUAGAGAGGCCGUAUGGGUGUUGUGCGCCAUUCUUCUUUGUUUAUCCGGCUGGUCUGCAGCUCAGAUCUCCUACUCCGUUUCCGAGGAGGUGGACAAAGGGACAGCGGUGGGGAAUCUCGCUAAGGAUUUAAACAUUCAGACACAGCAACUGGAGGAGCGGGGAUUUCGGAUUGUAUCGGGAUACAGUAAGAAAUAUUUCGAGGCUAAUUUGAGAACAGGAGCUUUGGUUGUUAACGAGAGGAUAGACCGAGAAGAGCUUUGUCCAAAUUUACCCAAGUGUUCCCUAAAUAUAGAGGGACUAUUGAGCCAUCCUAUGAAUAUUUAUCGCAUUGAGGUCAGUGUUCUUGACAUCAACGAUAACACACCAUCAUUCCUGGAGCAAAUCCAUGUGUUUAAUAUCUCCGAGUCGUCCUCAACGGGAGAGAGGUAUCCGCUCCCAAUAGCUCAGGAUGCAGACACGGGCAGUAAUUCAGUGAAAACCUACAAGUUAAGUCCGAACGAGCAUUUCUCCAUAGAUGUGAGCAGCGGAGGAGACGGUGCGUCCGCUGAGUUGGUGCUGCAGAAAGCUUUAGACCGAGAGAAACAACCCACUAUUAGAUUAACAUUAACUGCUGUAGACGGAGGAAAACCUGCAAGGUCUGGCACUAUGCAGCUUCUUGUGAAUGUGAUAGAUGUUAAUGAUAACAUCCCUUCCUUUAGCAAGCCGCUUUAUAAAGUAAGAGUCAGCGAAAAUGCAUCCAUAGGUACAACAAUAUUGAAGCUAAAUGCAACUGAUUUAGACGAAGGGUCAAAUUCCGACAUCAGAUAUUCUUUAAUGAAAGGAGGAAAUGUGAAAUCUCCUGAUAGAUUCAUUGUCAGUCCUGAAAGUGGUGAAAUCAUUGUGAAGGCUAAUUUGGAUUAUGAGGAAAGUAAUGCAUAUGAAUUACGAGUACAAGCAACAGACCAGGGUGGAUCCCCUCGCAGUGGUUAUUCUAAAGUGCUGGUAGAGGUUGUUGAUGUCAAUGACAAUGCACCAGAAAUCUCUAUAACUUCACUAAUGAGUCCAGUGAAGGAAAAUGCUGAAAUUGGAACAGUUGUUGCAUUGGUUACUGUGACUGAUAAAGAUGGAGGGCAAAAUGGCCUUACCACUUGUAAAAUCAAAAACUCAGUCCCUUUUUCAUUAAAGUCAAACUACAAAAACUAUUACUCUCUGAUAGUUGAUGGUCUCCUUGACAGAGAGAUUGUGUCACAGUACAAUGUAAGCAUCACUGCUACAGAUGAAGGUAGUCCACCUCUUUCUAGCACUGCUGUAAUCACUGUGCAAAUUUCUGAUAUUAAUGACAACGCACCUCAUUUCCCAGAAGCCAACAUAAAUAUUUAUGUGAAGGAGAAUAGUAAAGUGGGAGAUAUCAUAGCAAGAACAACUGCACAGGAUGCAGAUGCAAAUGAAAAUGCUAGAUUGACUUAUUCAUUAAUGGAUAAUUAUCCAAAAAGUUUUCCAAUUUCAACAGUUGUGAAUAUCAACUCAGAGACUGGGGAUAUAGUCAGUCUGCAGUCUUUUAACUAUGAGGAGUUAAGCACGUUUCAGUUUAAAGUUCAGGCCACAGACUCUGGUGUUCCUCCGCUCAGCAGCAACGUGACUGUGAACGUUUUAAUCCUGGAUGAAAACGACAAUAAUCCAACAAUUCUGGCGCCCUAUUCUGAGCACGGCUCCGUUAACAGUGAGAGCAUCCCCUAUUCUGCUGAAGCGGGAUACUUUGUGGCAAAGAUCAGGGCUGUAGACGCAGACUCUGGAUACAACGCGCUGCUUUCUUAUCACCUCUCUGAGCCCAAAGGAAACAACCUCUUCCGGAUCGGAACCAGCACCGGAGAAAUCAGGACUAAGAGGAGAAUGAGUGACAAUGACCUGAAAACUCACCCCUUGAUGGUGUUGGUUUCUGAUAACGGAGAACCCUCCCUGUCAGCUACUGUGUCUAUUGAUGUGGUGGUGGUUGAAAGCACAGCUGACAUCCAGACUCAGUUCAGACAUGUGCCCAUAAAGGAGGACAGCUUCUCUGAUUUGAACCUGUAUCUGCUGAUUGCCAUUGUGUCGGUGUCAGUGAUCUUUCUGCUGAGCCUCAUCAGUUUAAUAGCUGUCAAAUGCCACAGGACAGAUGGCAGUUUCAGCAGGUACAGCGCCCCGAUGAUCACCACCCACCCUGACGGGAGCUGGUCUUACUCCAAAUCUACUCAGCAGUAUGACGUGUGUUUCAGCUCAGACACACUGAAGAGUGACGUAGUGGUUUUCCCCGCACCAUAUCCACCUGUAGAUGGUGAGCUGAUCAGUAUUAACGGAGGAGACACUUUUACCAGAACUCAGACUUUACCCAACAAAGACAAGGUAGGUCAUCUGUGCUGAAUGCUUAAGAACAUAACAAUUAUAUGAUGGAAAUAUAAAUAUAAUGCAAUUUCAUGGCUGCUUAUGAGUCACACCAUUUACAGUAUAAAACAUAUGUAUGUAGAACGUAAAUCAAGCAUCAUAGAUAAGGCAACACAAUAGCCUACCUUUACUGACUACCAAUUUAUCCUGUGUGUUGAAACAACAACUUAUUUAACUUCUCACGACAGUCUUAUUGCACUGUAAGUCUUGGGUAUGUUCGAGAUCAGUUGCUUAGCCACAAGUUUUAACAUAACUUCCAGCUCUUUCAGAAUUUGUUGCAUAUGUUCUCAUACCCUAAGUUGUCUGUGCUGAAAUUACCAAGCUUCACUGAUGUUUUAAGUAAACAGCUUGUGUGUUAAAGUGGGACAAUCUAACUAAUUUAGUAUAUUGCCUGUAUUUAGAUAGAGCUCUCAAUGGUGCUGAACUACGUUUGGGUGUAAUUCAGCUGCAAACCCUGCUGCUUUUAUGUCUGUUGAAAGCAUGUUGUUUGUGAUUAAAUUAAUCUAAGCUGUUCUUCAGCUGAAUUGAAAGGGAGGUCGACAUGGCACUUAGUUUGCAAACUCAGGUGUAUGUAACUGCAUCGCUCUGAUCUAACAUUUGUAAUGCAUUCUGAAGUUGAAUGUGGUGAAAAGGCGCUGUCCUUGGUGCUUGAUUUUGUGUUGACAAUACAAGGUUUCUGCAUCCCAUCCUGUGAUGAAUCACAGUUGUUUCUUUAAUUUAUUAUUCAUUCUAGAUAUGGGGAUUUUUGGAGUAUAGCAAGCAGACUCUGAAAUUAAAUUCGAAGUAAUUGUCCACCUGGGUAUAUUGUAUUAUUUGUACUUCAUACAACAGCUUGUUUAGCCACUGAAAUAGCUUGAGGGUUGUCACACUCUUAAUAUUAAAAUAAAUGUUUAAACUUGACCAUUUAUUUCAUUCAUAAUAUUUGAAAUUAUAUGACUAUAUGAAACAUUGGAUUGUAUUUUCUUUAAUUCACCACAUGAUGUCGCAUGAGACCAUGAACAUGAAUGUGUUUGUAUAUCCAAAACUCCUCCCUGCAUGGGAAAAAAUGAAAUCGUCAUCGGCCAUUAGUACACCCGCGGACACUGCUGUGUCGAGAAGGGCAGGAGCUUUACCACUACUGUAUUUCUUUGGACGGAAAUAUCUCUACCGGGGAUAAAUGGUCGACUGGGCUCAGUUCUUUUCUUGCA